UGAGGACAAAAAGGCCUGCACUAGUUGAAAUGGGUAGAAGUUAUCCCGUUUAUCAGAAGUUAGAGAGGAAGAUGACACCUACGACACAAAAUUUGGAGGCGGUGCUUCUGACCGGUGAGCCGAAGUCGGGAAAUUCGGUCAAACAGUUCACUUGCUUGCGGCUUCUUCUGGUUUUAGCGACCUCACUUACAGCUGCGUUGAUGCUUGCUGCCGUGUGCCUACUCCAGUUCCCGAGGUGCCAGGGUGUCGCUAUACGUUCUGCAUUCUCGUUUACGAAUCCUUGUGAAGAUGCAGAAGGAGGAGAGAACUCGAUCUUUCUCAAGAAGCAGCAUUUCGAGCAUAACAACUUUUGCCGACUCACAGCUUCAGCUUGUUCAAGUUGGUGUUGCCGAUGGGCAGGAGAGCAGCUACAAGUCUCUUCUCCAGGAGGAAGACGAAACUGUACUUCCUGAACAAGCUAGCAAAGCGUCCUCAGAUGGCGCAUCUGCAGUUGCGAGUUCUGUCUUCGCUUCAAUGUCCUCUGUUAUCGACGCCACAAGAGACGCCUUAACCACUGGCGCGAAGGAGGUUGGAAAGGGCGUAGGUAAAGCCGCAUCUUCCGCAGCUGACGCGGUACGGAGCACAAACUGGACAGCUGUUGCUCACAAGGCGCAAGCAGGUGUGG